AUGUGUUUCGAAAAGUGUAAGAGCGUCUGCAGGGUUCUUUUCCCAAAAGACGUCAGAGAAGCCUAUUUUGAAGAAGAUACUGGAAUUAUCCGGACUAAUCACGAAUACUCAGUGAUCGAGCUUCCCUGGCAGGAGGGCGAGUUCGAAUACUUCACCUUCCUCAGAAACCAGUCCUUCGUCGACUUCUUUGCUUAUCAACAAGCCCAGGCUUUUUAUGAGCACAAGAUUAUGCAAUUCGAGCGUCGUCACUUGAACGGGCAUUGGAUUCGCAACCACCGGAGAAUGGCUCAGCAAGACAGCCGUUUGAUGGGUAUCUACCGUGAGAAGAGAGAAAAGAGAAAGCAGGCUUCUGAGCCCAAGCCAGAAGUUCUGGGGCCUGUUGCUCCUGAAGCUUCUGAAAAGAAGCAAAUUCCUGAAGUCUCCGUGGCUUCCACCGAUGUGGGUACUUUGAAGGCCUCGACCCCCGUUGAGACUACUGUUCCCGAAUGCCCACCACAAACCACUUCCCCCAAGGCUGUAUCAGCCAACGACAAGCUCUCUGUGUCUUCUCCCACAGAGCAGCUUUCCCCAAUUACUUCCCAGAGUAUCCCCGCCGAGAUUCUGGAGACAGUCUCAGUUUCCACAAACACAAAGGUGGAAGCUGAAACCAAGGAAGCCCGCCGCCCUCAAACUUCCCAGGCUCGGGUUUCUAAGGACAAGAAUAUGAAGCUUUCCAAGGCUGCAAAGCAAGCAGAAACGGCAGCCAAGAAGAAGCUGAGAUCAUCCAAGUCCGGCUUGCCUCCAACGCCAAAGCAGUUUAGACGUCGUUAUUGGAACGUCAAGCAGCUCGAGGUCCCUGGCCACUACUUGCCAAACUACAGCGACAAGUUGUCAACGGUGCUUGUUCAAGUGGAGGACGACGAGCCGGACUACUUGAAGCAGGAUAUUGGAGAGGAUGUUUUCGAGUUUCUGGAGAACGUCGAGGUUUUGGAGCCCGUUCACAAGGUUCCAGAGCCUAAGCACGAUGUCCCAGAGCCGGAGCCUGUUCCAGAACCGGAGCCUGUUCCAGAACCGGAGCCUGUUCCAGAACCGGAGCCUGUUCCAGAACCGGAGCAUGUCCCAGAACCUGAACAUGCUCCAGUGCCUGAAGAGAAGUUUUUGGUGCCUGAAACCGUGGUGCCUGAACCUGAAACCAUGGUUUUGGAACUCGAGUCCAAGGUGCCUAAGCCUACAAUCAAUUCGCUGAAGCCCAAGAACACCAAUGUCUAUUGGCUUGGCGACUUCCCAUUCUUCAUGCUGGCGUUGGCCCAAAAGCAGUAUGUCACCUACCUUCCUGGAGACUUUUUCAAGGCUCGGGAGCUUUUCUACCCAAAGGAGACCGACUCCUUUUUGCCUGGUGACUUCGCCGGCUUUAAGACCCUCACUUACUCCAAGAAUCAGUCGGACACCCCUCCAAUGGCUGGCAACAUCCCUGAACAACCCUCCAACCCGGGGCCAUUUGACAUUCAACAUGGUUACAACGACAUUGAGAUCCACACGGAAAAGUACGAUGACGAACCUACUCCCUUAGCUGGAAAACAAGGCAAGGCCAGGGAGUUUGUCAACACCCACACUGACAAGGAACACCAAAAGAAAUACGUCAAGGAAGGUGCUAAGAGGGGCUUUCACUUGCUUACCCGUUUCAUCUGCAACUAA